CUUGAGAAAAUUGACGAUCCACUUUCCGACUGUCCAGUAACAAAUGGCCAUACAAAUAAUAUGGCCACAGAGAAGAGAAACUCCUUCGAUUCGGUUAAAGAGUAUUUUACAGACUAUACAACGAACUCUAACCUUCAUGGUUUGAAGUAUAUUGGCGAAAAGCAGCGGACGUUACUUGAAAAAUUAUUCUGGGUGUUAAUGUUCACAUCAUGUGUGCUGGUCUGUGGCUAUACCAUAAUGAAACAGUGCAAUAAGUGGCCUGAAAAUCCUAUCAUCGUAAGCUUUGCAGAAAGGCCUACACCUGUGUGGCAGAUACCGUACCCCGCUAUGACCAUAUGCUCUCAGACAAAAGUUAAACAGACUAAAUUCAACCUUACAGAAUACCGACGUCUCUUCCUCAAUAAUUAUACAUUUGCUAAUUUUACAGAAGAGGAGCGUAACACGUUUGAAGAUGUCAGCAUGAUCUGUAACCUUCUUCUACCCUAUGGAAGGGAGACCUCAACAGCCAAGGAAACAAUUGACAACUUAAGAAGGCUAUCCCCCGACAUGAAUGAAAUAUUCCCCGGCUGCAUGUGGAAGGAUGCAAUAAGCAAUUGCUCUGAUAUGUUUUACGAAGUGAUUACUGAAGAAGGAUUUUGCUACACUUUCAAUAGCCUUGGAGCGAACGAACUUUUAAGACUCGAAAACCUACACAAGGAUUAUAAUUAUAUGGCCUUAGACCACAAAAAUAUAUCUUGGACCUUGGACGGAGGCUAUCCGCCGAACUCACCAUUGGAUUCAUAUCCUUGGAGGGGAUCUCCCUACGGCACCAACGCUUAUCUAACAUUCUCUUUAAUGGCGAAUGUUAUUGACUUUGACUAUGCUUGUAGAGGACCCAUACAAGGAUUUAAGAUUCUUUUACACAAUCCAGCUGAGCUACCACGCGUCUCCGAACAACACUUCAUAGCACUGGUUUCUAAACAAGUAAUUGUAGCAGUCAAGCCUAAGAUGAUGACUACUUCCGAAGGCUUGGGGUCCUAUGACCCUGAGAGGCGCCAAUGCUAUUUGCAAAAUGAACGGUAUCUGAAUUAUUUUAAAAUUUAUACGCAAUCAAAUUGUGAGAUGGAGUGUCUGACAAACUUCACAAAUGCACGAUGUGGGUGCGUUCACUUUGGGAUGCCGCAUGGUCAAAAUAUGUCCACGUGUAGCGUUGGAAAAAUAGCGUGUAUUAAAAAGUCUAAGAUGGAACUGGCGACAAUCGAAAUGAAAUCAGCAAUGGCGGCAGAUGACGAGAACGAUACGAUAAUUGGCGAAGCCCGCGAAGUUGCGUUACGUUGUAAAUGUCUGCCUGCGUGCACUUCCAUAGACUAUGAAGCUGAGAUAUCGCAGGCUGAUUAUGAUUGGAAAUCUCUCUUAAGAGCGUUAGCAUUGUCAAGGGUAUAUGAGAAAAAAGACAUGUUAUUAGGCCAAGUGGUCGUGUUUUUCAAAGAAGCUCAGUUCAUAGCAUCACGCAGGUCGGAGUUGUUUGGACCAUAUGAUUUUCUCGCUAAUUGCGGCGGUUUAUUGGGGCUCUUCAUGGGCUUCUCAAUAUUGAGUGUGGUUGAAAUCAUCUACUUCUUGACUCUAAGGUAA